CAAAUCCACGAAAUCUGUGCAACGUGCGAUACCAUCCCGUUCAGCUGUUCGCCGGCUGAAGGGCGGAUAGGAAAAGAGACGGAUCAAGAAACGGUUUGAAUGUACUUUGGGGAGAACGGCAUCCGUGAACGAAAAGAAGAGACAUUUGGGACCGAACUUGACGUUAUCCAUCGUAUCUUUUUGUCUGCGAGACUCUAAUACGCGACCCCACACGAUGGUACUGGUUCUGUUGAUACCUGUAAUCGGAUUUGUGGCAGCAAAUCCUUUUUCAAACACAUUGAACAACCGCUCAGUCCCUCAAGUCCAAAAAGCGCUUUCGCUUUCCACGGAGAAUCGUUUGGAUAUAAUAGACGACAGUCCAGAUAAAAUAAAUGAAAUGGUAGAAAAUAUGAAUGAGACUACUUUAUCAAUUCUGAAGCACACAAUCCAUCAUCUCAAAGCUUCCGAAUCGAAGACCCGUGAAAAUGAAACAAAUGAAAAAAGGACACAAGAACGGGAACAUAAAACUUUAUUUGUAGAUUAUCCUCUAUUAUCGCGUAUCAUACAUUAUCCAAGAGUGCCUGCGUAUGAAAUCGAUUACAAUGACAAUUCAGAGUCGACAGCCAAGGAUAGAUCAUUAAGCGAGUCUGAUAGGAGAUAUCAAGAGAGCGAUAUUUUUUAUAUUCGACUACCACCCAUUCCAUAUAUAUUUGUACCCGGUAUCGGAUAUAUCUCGCAACCACCCACGUACUCGAGCGCUCCCUUGAAGCCCCAGAUACCCUUCGUUCCUCAACUAGUCCAGCUACAUCACGUGAGACCCGUGCGACCUCAACCAGCCUCUCAGCAGACCGUUAAUUCCUUCAUCAAAUUGCCUAUAGACUUCAUAAGCAACGGCAAGCCCACCUCCGUUUACCAAUGGCAAAAGAAGCCUGGCAAGAAGCCAACCGACAGUCCAAUCACGAACUUGGACAACCUGUCAGCCGACUUCGUGAACAACGGUAAGCCGACCUCUAUUUAUCAAUGGCAAGCGAAUCUCAGGCCGGUAAAGAGGCCGGAUAAUUCGCUUAACAGUCUUGAUAUGGGACCUUACACCUUUAAUGGCAAACUAACCAGCGUGUACUUGCUUGAAUCGAAUGACUCCCCCACAAUGCAUCAAUCUAUUCGACAUUCCAAUUAUCAAAAUGUACGUGAUUAAAUUUAAUUUAAUGUGAUCAUGCCGAAUAUUCAAAAUCGGAGCAAGCAAUCAUAA